CGUAUCGAUCAGCACUUCGGCGGUAACGAGAAGCGGACGAGCAUGCAUCUCACAUAUGCAGGACCCGGACACCCCUUGACGCUUGUUCUUGCGGAAGACUCAUCAGGGCCCACAACGACAUGUGAGAUAUCGACUUUCGAUUCUGAGCCGAACUUAGAGCUCCCAUUCGAUGCUGAGCAGACAUUGAGUGCCUCCUCAAAUACUCCUUCAUUCUGCCUUAUACCUUCUUUAUCAUCAUUCUGGCUCCACGAUGCCCUUUCAGAACUUGAUCCAUCUUGUGAAAAAAUAACAUUGAUUGCCAAUCCUGUAGCAGAUGUCCAGAGCGCGCACAGAGGCAUUCCCACUAAACCCCUCUUUCGAAUACAGGGAACGGGAGCAUUCGGCAGUACCGAGAUGGACUAUCCGAACGACAGAGAAGUCCUAGAAACAUUCGAAUGUUCACGUAGUGUCAGCUUCAGCUAUCGAUUUGCACAUAUAUCACGCAUGCUGCAAGCUUUGCAGAACUCAACAAAGACCUCUCUUUGCCUUGAGCAGGAGGGUUUGUUGAGUUUGCAGUUCUUAGUGCCCGUACCAAGGCCACGGGGUGGG